CCAGGACUUUAAGCCACGAUGUCCACAAUGGCAGUCUAAUUUGACCAUUCACACUGAAAAUUUUAAAGAAAUAUCGAUAUCAAUGGACCGGAUGCAUGUUCAGCUGCUAAGAGGAUCAUCCAGAAUUGGAAUUAAAUCAUCUGUUUACAUGCAGAGUCCUACCCUUGAGAACUGUCAGAUCAUCAUUUUACUAACACCUCUCUCGCUGGAUGUCAAAGAAGAAAGCUGUAGGCAGACCUUAUGACAGACACAAGACUGAUAAAGUGGGUGAGGAACAUCACCAGGGGUUUAGGUAAUGACUACACAAGAGUACCGCAGUAAUGAACACAGCUUCAGGAAUGGCACCAUCAUCUCCAGUCUUGUUUUCACCUUCGCUCACCCAGACUCCUCCGAGUCCUGGGAGGAGGUCAGCUUCACCUUUCAGAUCACCUCCUCCUUCUAUUAUGACUUCACCUAAACUAUGGCAGAAAGCUGCAAUAUCACGGUUGGCUGAGGAGUUCUUCUGGAUCGGGGGAAGUAUUGUUGCAACGCCGAAACUGAGAAUGGGCCAAAUAGUAGAGAGAUGCAUGUGCAACAUGCAGGCUGGCACUCAGAUGACUAAACUAAGAGGAAAAUCCAAGACUCUGGUUCGCCUUUUCUACCUAGAUGAGCAUAAAUCCUGUAUUCGGUGGAGACCCUCUAGAAAACAUGAGAAAGCUAAAAUCACCAUAGACUCUAUCCAUGAGGUCUGUGAGGGGAUGAAAACGGAGGCCUUCAGGCGAUUUGCCAACAAUAACUUUGAUCCAAACUGCUGCUUCAGUAUUUACCACGGUGACCAUGUAGAAUCUCUUGACUUGGUAACCACGAAUGGAGAAGAGGCACGAACCUGGAUUACUGGCCUGAAGUAUCUCAUGGCAGGCAUCAGCGAUGAGGACAGUCUGGCAAAAAGACAACGAACGCGAGAUCAAUGGUUGAAACAGACGUUUUCAGAAGCUGACAAAAAUGGUGAUGGGAGUCUAAGCAUUGGGGAAGUUCUGCAGCUGCUUCACAAACUCAACGUGAAUCUUCCAAAGCAGAAAGUCAAAAAAAUGUUUGAGGAGGCUGACACAGAUGAAAACCAGGGGUCUUUGACGUUUGAGGCAUUCUGUACAUUUUACAAGAUGAUCUCGACACGCAGAGAUCUUUAUUUGCUCAUGAUCACCUACAGCAACCACAAAGAACACAUGGACUUAAAUGACCUCGUCCGCUUUUUGGAAAAUGAGCAAAAGAUGGUAAACGUAUCCAGAGAGUAUUGCAAGAUGAUCAUAAAUCAGUUUGAGCCGUGCCCUGAAAACCAAAAACACAUGGUGAUGGGUAUUGAUGGUUUCACCAACUUCAUGCGUAGUCCUGCAUGCGACAUCUUUAACCCUGAACACUAUCAAGUAAAUCAGGAUAUGGCGCAGCCCUUGACACAUUACUACAUUGCAUCUUCUCACAACACCUACCUGACGGGAGAUCAGCUGCUGUCUCAUUCUCGGGCUGAUAUGUAUGCUUAUGUGCUUCAGGCGGGCUGUCGAUGUGUGGAAGUUGACUGUUGGGAUGGUCCUGAUGGAGAACCCAUAGUGCACCACGGUUACACACUUACCUCAAAAAUCCUCUUUAAAGAAGUCGUUGAAACAAUCAACAAAUACGCUUUUGCCAAAACUCAAUACCCAGUGAUUCUUUCAAUAGAGAACCACUGCUCUGUGCCACAGCAGAAGAAGAUGGCUCAAUACCUCACUGAAGUGCUACAGGACAAACUGGACCUGUCUAAUGUAAAUAUGAACGAGUCCAGACGUUUGCCAUCUCCAGAGGUUUUAAAAGGGAAAGUUCUUGUCAAGGGUAAGAAGCUGCCAGCAAAUCUUGAUGCUAACGCGGAAGAGGGGGAUGUUUCUGAUGAAGACAGUGCUGAAGAGGAAGAGGAGGAAGAGGAGCAGAUGAAUGGAGAUACUGGAGAAAGUGCACCAGAGACCAGUGAUGAAUCAAAGAAACGCUCAAGGAGGUUGUUCAUGGGCAGUUUUAGAAGCAAGAAGAAAAAGCGUGUCAAAGUAAGAAAGAAGCCCAUCCUGGAUGACUCUGAUACUGACCUGGAAAUCCCGAGCAGUAAUGAUAAACAGGUUAUCAACUAUGGCAAAAGGAGAAAAACCAUGAGACUCUCUCGUGCGCUGUCUGAUUUGGUCAAGUACACAAAAUCUGUGCGUGUUCAUGACAUUGAAACUCAAGCCUACGUGUGCAGCUGGCAAGUGUCCUCUUUAAAUGAAACCAUUGCUAACCAGAUUUUGCAGCUGAAGCCAGCUCAGUUAGUUCGCUUCAAUCAACGGCAACUUUUACGGGUCUAUCCCUCCAACUACCGUGUGGACUCUAGCAACUUCAAUCCUCAGCCAUUUUGGAACGCAGGUUGUCAUUUAGUCGCUCUGAACUAUCAGACAGAAGGCCGUAUGCUACAACUAAACAGGGCCAAAUUUGCAGCAAAUGGAAACUGCGGCUAUGUGCUGAAGCCAAAAUGCAUGUGUAAAGGUGCCUUUAAUCCUGUGCUAGAAGAUGCUUUACCUGGACACAGGAAAACUCAGUUAGUGCUCAAAAUUAUUAGUGGCCAGCAGCUCCCAAAGCCUAAAGACUCCAUGUUAGGGGACAGAGGAGAGAUCAUAGAUCCCUAUGUUGAGGUGGAAAUAACUGGAUUACCUGCAGACUGCAAUAAACAUCAGACAAGGGUAGUGGAUGAUAAUGGGUUUAACCCCAUGUGGGAAGAGACAUUAGUGUUUACGCUCCAUAUGCCUCAGAUUGCCUUGGUACGGUUUAUGGUUUGGGAUCAUGAUCCAAUUGGAAGGGAUUUUAUUGGACAAAGAACAAUAGCUUUUAAAAGCAUGAUGCCAGGUUAUCGACAUGUUUAUUUAGAAGGCAUGGAAGAAGCAUCUAUCUUUGUACAUGUUGCCAUAAAUGACAUCACAGGAAAGGUGAAAUCAAGCAAUGCGGUAAAGCAGCUACUUCAGAGAAAGCUCGUGCAAACCUCUGAAGAUGGCAACAGGAGAUCAUUCGGUCCAAGCUUCCUCCGGAAAAGCGGAGCCAGGAAGAACCAAGCAAAAGUUAUGCGGGCCUCUCCUGAUUCUUACACCAAAGAGGACUUUCUAAAUAGACGGUAUAGUGAUGACAUCAGCUCGAAAGACAGCAAAAGCACCUCACAGUCUACAUCUUUACACAAAGGAGCUCAAAGUGAACCCCUGAGAAGGGCCCAUAAGGUCUCAUUUCAGGAGCCAGGAGGAUCUCAUGAGGUACGUCGGCGCCUGUCCUCUAUCGCAUGUUCUGGUGGAGCAGGUAUUAAUAUGGAUUACAUCAAUUUAGGAUUUGAUUCAAAAGAGAGUUCUGAAUUGGAUUUGGUUAGACCACAUCUUUCUAAUGUAGAUAAGCAGGAGCUGAUUAAUUCAGAACAAAACGAUUUACCUCCAGAAUUCAAACGGGACAGCAUUGCAUAUGGGUGUGUAGACUUAUCAACAGCUUCUACAAUGCCGAAUGACAAGCUGUCGCAGCAGGUCUCGGACAUUAAAUAUGUUUCAGAUCAGGAGUCAAAUGAACCUGUAAAUCUUCAAGGGUGUGAAGUAAAUCUCCAGUCUCCUGUAAGCUCAGAACAUACAACAGACUAUGAGCCCUUAAAUUUCGAUCCAAUACCCGAUGGAGUACUGGAUCCCUCUAGUGGAGCUUUAAACACCAGAAACCUGUCACUGAAGAAUACAUUCAGACCUUUAAAUUUUGAGCUUAUGCCUCAGUGGCGGCUGAGGUCCAUGCCCGCAACUCCUGCGAUGAGCAGACGCAGCAUGAAUGACCCGAGCAGGCAGUUUGCCACAGAUUCUCCAUUUAUGGGACGCAGAUCAAAAAGCACCCCGAGGCGUCACCCACCCUCUCCCUGUAACAUCAGGAAAGACUUCCUCGAUCAAUUCCCCAUCCCUCAGAAGCAUGGCAGCUGUAGUUAUGUUACACAAAAAAACUCUUUUCCUAACAAUAACAACCAUGCUGAGAGUGAAUUAAGCAGCCUGAGCAGUUUAGACAGCCUUGACCUGAGUACUUUGCCAUCCCGUUUCCCUGACAACCAGCACCUGACAAUGGGCACUCUGCAGAGGGAGAUGAAUGCUCUGUUUGAAGAGAAAAUGCAUGAGAUUCGUUGUCAUUCUCCACUUUUUUUCGAAGAUUGAUAAACACUGUAGAAAAGGCAAUUCCACACCCAUGGACCUUAAAGUAAUAAUCGGGAUGGCGAUGGACAGAUGCUACAAGAAGAAAAGUUAUCUUGUUUACAUGCAACCUGGGCUUAUUUUUCAUAUAUUUAAAUAAAACAUGUGUUGAGUUUACUGUGCAUAUUGCACUGCAAAAAAUGACUUUCUUAUUUAGUAUUUUUGUCUUGUUUUCAGUAAAAAUAUCCCUCUGCAGAGUGCCCAUUGUUCCUAAAUUAAGACAUAUUUUCUUGAUGAUCAAAAUGACCUAGGAAAAUAAGUCAAAAAAUAUCAAAGUGCAUAAAACAAGCAAAAAAAAUCUGCCAAUGGAAUAAGA